AUGAAGAUUUCAAACAUUUCCAAAUUUCUUCUUCUUUUUCUCAUCUCCUUGUGUUUACACGCAGCUUCUGCUGCGGAUAAACACAAUGAUUUCUUCAAAUGUAUAACCCAAAAUGAUUUCAACAACAAUGUUUACACCCCAUCAAACUCAUCCUACUCUUCCAUCCUCCGAUUCUCCAUCCAAAGCCUAACAUUCAUCUCUGAUUCCACUCCAAAACCGGCCGUCAUCGUACAACCGGAUCGCGAAACUCAAAUCCCUCCGGUUAUCUACUGUGCCAAAGCCAGCGGCUUGCAGAUCAGAACCCAAAGCGGGGGCCAUGACUACGAGGGACUAUCCUACGUCGCGCAUGCCCCGUUCGUGAUCCUCGACUUGAUCAAUCGCGAGGAAAUCACGGUCGAUGCCGCGGAGAAGACCGCAUGGGUCGGAGCAGGUGCAACCAUUGGUUCUCUAUAUUACAGGAUCGCCGAGAAAAGCCCGGUUCUAGGGUUUCCGGCUGGAGUAUGCCCGACUGUGGGCGUUGGCGGCCACAUUAGCGGCGGCGGCUAUGGCACACUAAUGAGAAAAUACGGCCUGGCCGCAGACCAGGUCAUCGAUGCCAGAAUAGUGGACGUCAACGGCAUAAUCCUGGACAGGAAAUCAAUGGGCGAGGAUCUGUUCUGGGCCAUCAGAGGCGGCGGGGGCCCCAGUUUCGGCGUGAUCACUGCCUGGAAGGUACAACUGGUAGAUAUUCCAGAAACCGUCACUGUUUUCAAUGCCGGCAGAACUUUGGAGCAAAACAUUAACCAUUUAAUUCACAAAUGGCAAUCCAUCGCUCCCGAAUUCGUCGAUGAUUUGUUCGUGAGAAUCAUCAUAUUACCUUUCGACGUACAAGGAAGAAACAAGACGAUUCAAGCUAUAUUCAACUCACUAUUCCUCGGGAAAAUCGACACAUUGGUUCCGUCGAUGCAGAAGAGCUUCCCCGAGUUAGGGUUAGUGAGAGAAGACUGCAGAGAGAUGAGCUGGAUCGAAUCCGCCUUAUUCCUCGCGACGUUCCCCAUCGAUGCACCUGAAAUGCUGCUGAACAGAACUCAAUCUGUGGUGAAAUACUUCAAAGCGAAGUCCGACUACGUGAAGAAGCCCAUCUCUGAAUCCGGGCUCAAAGGCAUACUGAGGAGGAUGUUCGAGGCGGAGGCCGGCCAGUCUGUGAUCAUCCUCACCCCUUACGGCGGGAGGAUGUCAGAGAUUCCGUCCUCCGCCACUCCGUUUCCUCAUAGGGCCGGAAACUUGUACAAGAUCCAGCAUCUUGUAUAUUGGAAUGAGAGCGAGAAUCAAGAUUCCGAAAGCUAUACAAGCUGGAUGAGGAGGCUUUACAGCUAUUUGACUCCUUAUGUGUCGCGCUCGCCUAGGCAAGCGUACCUCAGCUACAGAGAUCUCGAUAUUGGAGUCAAUAACCCUGAUGGGAAGACGAGCUAUAAACGAGCCAGCAUUUGGGGUAAGAAAUACUUUUUGGGUAAUUUCGAUCGGCUUGUCCGGGUGAAGACAAUGGUUGAUCCACAUAAUUUUUUCAAGAACGAACAGAGCAUUCCGCCGUUGCAUUAA